AUGACGCAAGAUUAGCUGAAGUUUGUUGUGAUGAUUAACAGGAGAUAAGGGAUAAACGUGUAAUAUAAGGUUAUAGCCAUAUUGUUACUUUGGUGGCAUUUAAGCGUUGUUAAUGGCUUCAAAACAACUUAGUCGUUUAAACAGGGAAAUGGAUAAUACAGGGGUUUGCACCAACAGCCGUAACACGGUAAGGACAGAUCUCAGUUUGCUGCUUGAGUGUCUGAAGUUUCAGAUGAAAAGUCCCGAUUUGCAGAAACAAGCUCUUCUCGCCAUUCACUCCAUCUGUGAAAAAAGAGAGGAUAAUGUGGACCUGCUGAGAGACAUGGGAGGUGUAGCAUUUGUGUACAACCUCUCCAAAUCCAGUAUUGUUCGAUCAGAUGUCAAGGAGACUGCACUCUUUACAGUGGGCACAUUAGCAGAGGCCAAUGUGUAUUGCAAGAAUUCUCUGUGCAGAAAAGAGACAUUUGCAGACCUUGCCGGUUUGUUGAUGGAGGAAAACAUCCCAGUAACCCAGAAGAGAGUGUCUGUGUAUUUGCUGUCUGUGUUAGUCGCCAACAACAAAUCAGGACAGACCUUAAGCCAAACCACCGGCUGCCUGGAUAUACUGCUGGACCUCUUCAGGACUACUUCCCCUCUCUCUGCAGGGGUUUCUUUGAGAGCUGCUAAUGCCACUCAAAACUACCAACUUUGGGCCUCUGUGUCCAGUGCUCUCUGUGGAUGUGUCAACAACCCUCAGAAUGAGGAGGGUCAGCGUAUUUGUGUUGCAGCCUUUCCUAUAAUAAAAGUCUGGCUUCAGCAGAUUGCUCUGCCACGCACAGAGAUUCUUCAACCCAUAUGUUCUUUCCUAGCAAUGACGGUUGCCAACAACUCCUGUGUUCAGGAGAGUUUUUCAGCCUCAGGGGGCCUUAAUACUCUCACUCUUGCACUGGCUCGUCUAGCUUCUGCUGCAGAUACAAGCCUGUUGUCUUGCCAGCUUUCUGUCACUAUAUCCAAGACGCUGUCAGCCUGCAUCACAGAAAACUCUUCUCUGGCUUCAGGUCUGGCUCAGUAUGGCGUGGUUUCCCACCUCUUCUCCCUGCUGGCUAGCCCCCACCUGGACCAUGAGGAAAGGCUCUCUGUUUUACUCACCAUGGGCCACUGCACUGAGGCUUCAGAGGAGCACCAGCUUCAGUUGGUGCAGUGUGGGGGCCUGCCCCUUAUUAUAACCCUACUCACAGAGGACACAAGUGAGGAGGUCAGGAAGGCUUCUACAUUCAUAUUGCAGACCUGCAAGCAGGCCACCAUGUCCUUGGGAGUGCCUGGUCUGAUAGCGAGACAGGGGGAGGGAGAAAUGAUGGACCCCUUUAUAAACAUGGAAAGCUUCAAGAGCUCAGCCAGAGAGCUGCUGCGUAGGAUUGACCUGCUAGAGAAGACACCAGCAAAGGAGACUGAGGAGGAGCAGGAAGUCAUACACCCAUUAAAUUCAACUGAAGAGCAAGGCCAACCAUCCCUGCCUCCAGCAUCACCUCUCCCUCUGCGUCAGAAGGAGAGCUUCAAAACCAUUCCCUCUGCAUACACUCUGAAGCUGUUAGAAGCAGGGGAUGACAACAACAUUAAAAUUCAACUGUUCAGAAAUGUGAACAAAAACAGGAAUAACAGCCAACAGAAGAGCAUGAGUUCCAAUUUAACUAAGCAGGAAGAGAAGACUCAAAGCAGUGGAGUGGGUGUGAGAUGUUCGGCGUGCAAGGGCACUGGAGCCCUAACGUCUUCACAUGUUCAGACACUAGAGGGAGACAGAGAGCCUCGCACCACAGACAAUGAGUGGUUUAAGACCCCUGCACCAGUGAGGCACAGUGUUCCAAAGGAAAUUAAAUGUGGUGAUGAAGAGGAGAUGCAGGAUCAUGAGAUGAGCAAGGGGGUGGGAAUCCCAGUAGAGGACCGCUCACUCUCUCAUAUCCGGUGUGCAGGUUGUGUGCUGCCUUUUGAGGAGGUGACCAGUCGCAAUUUCGCAUCUCUCCAAAGCCCCUGCCAGCACAGCUGUGAGUUGCACAAGGUUCUGCAGGAGGCCACAGAGCGGUUCAGGACUCGCCACUGCAACCUUCUGUUCAGGGGACAGUACCAAGACCACUCUGUAGGACAAACAGACCCAGAACCUGACAGAGUUUCAGCUGCAGAGUCACAGAAAAGCUGGAAAAACUGGAACAAUGUGCGCCUGACUCCCAUACGUAAAGAAGCAAGGAAAAGCCCCCUGCCACAACACCGCUGGAACAAGCACAAUGGUGUCAGUUUGACUCCCCUGCGCAGAGGAGCUAAAAAGGAGAUCAUGACUGUUAACAACAGGACCGGUCCAACCUUGAUUCCCCUAAAAGGGUCUCAUCUUCCUGGAGGUAGAUGUGUGCUAUCAGAUACGGAGAGAAGAGAAGACAAUAAUAUUGGUCUUGAUGAUGAUCUGCGGACUAGCACAGAACACUGUCCCACUCGAAGAGAAAGGAAAAACUUCAGCAGUAAGGAGGUGCGCUACCUGCUGUGUGGCGUAAAGACUUACGGCUGCUCCUGGAACUCCAUCUUGUGGUCAUACCCCUUCCGACCUGGACGCACCAGUGUGGACCUGGCCAAGAAAUACAGGCGGCUCAUGAAUUCUGGCUGUGAAUAAUCCUGAUCCUGAGAUCCUCAUCCUGCCUAUUGUUGCUGGCUCACUGUAAAUAAUAGCUUGGCCUUUCUUAACACAAAAGAAUACCCAAAAACAUUUCAUUCAUUUUCUCAUACUUUAUUGUGUUUUCCGUGCCUUGACUUCAAACUUUGUUAACUCAUAAUAUUGGACUCUUAGUAUUUAUUUAAGGAUAUUUAUUAUUUGUGUUUUUAUAUACCUUGUAUAUGUUUUGCAAUUCGUUUUUGCAGCAUUUUAUUGUGAAGUGUUUUUGUUAUAUUAUAAAACAUUAAAACAGGUGUUUGAGGUUGUUAAAUAUAUGUGUCUUUAUGCGAGGAUGCAUGUUGCCACUUUUGCGUGACUAAUAUGUGAAGAAGGGCCAUUUUAAAAUCCCUCUUUUGUUGUAGCACCACCUAUGGAUGAAUCACCACCACUGUGUUGCCACAUGCAGGUGUGCCGGGUUUGAUUUCAACAACAGAGUGUUAAUGUGUUGUGACAGGAGAAAGACUCAGCCCUAAACAUAUUGGCAAACGUAAAUAACAAUCCUGUUUCAUAACUAUGCCUGGUCAGACCUGCUGUGUACCAGAUUGAAUAUUAUUGG